AGAGAGACAUCAACUUGUUGCCCACUUAUUCAUGCACGCAUUGGUUGAUUCCUGUGUGUCCUGACCAGAGAGCGAACCCAAAACCUCUCAACCCUGGCAGGUGGGGACGGCGCUCCAGCCAACUGAGCCGCCGCCAGGGCAGGGCUGUGAGAUUGUGAAGCCACGGCGCCACCUCUGCGGUCAGGGCGGGAAUAUGACGGGUUUAGGAACACGGAGGCCAGUUCUCAGAUAGUCGAGUCCCAGAGGCUGUUCGAGAAGCUGUUUGGGAAUCGUCCUUACUCGGCAGAGCUGACAUAAGGAGACCCAGCCGCUCUUUUUAAAAAAAAUAUAUAUUUUUAUUGACUUCAGAGAGGGAGGGAGAUGGAAACCUCAAUGAUGAGAGGGAACCAUGGACCGGCUGCCUCCCGCACGCCCCGCACUGGGGAUGGAGCCCACAACCCGGGCCUGUGCCCUGACCGGGAUCGAACAGAGACGCCAACCACUUCGUGCGCCGGCUGGCGACAGCCGCUCUUACUCCUCGUUUCUCGGGAGGCCCCAGGCUGCUCCAGGCCACGUGUGGGCCCUGGAGCCCGGACCCGCCUGCCGUGGACCUCGGGCUGCUGUUCCCUGAGCUCGUGGCCAUGUGCCCGGCUCUGGGCGAAGCAGGCGGCUCACGGAUGGUCCCCAAAGACCCCCUUCCCCGGGCUGCCUGCAGGCCGGGCGCCUUGGCCGCGUUCCCAGACGCGCUGCUCCCUCUCCGUGCCUGACCGCGCGGUUCCUGCCGUCCCUGACACGUCCUCCCCGCCUUUCAUUUUUCCCAGACUGUUCGUUUUCAGUGAGUUUCACCUUCUGAAGACGCUGCUCCUGUGGGUCUACCUGCAAGUGAACCCGCGGCUGCUGGUGCUGCCCACCCACGAGGCCGUGAUGACCUUCUUCAGCAGCUUCCCCAAGAAGACCUGCUUCCUGGACCAGGACAUGGAGUACGGCUUCAUGGAGCUCUUCCUCUGCCUGCGUCUGCACGGCAUCAUCCGAGGCCAAGACCUGGACGUGCUGAGGCACCUGAACUUCUUCCCCGAGUCCUGGCUGAUCCGGGUCACCGCCAACCAUUACCACGCGAUGGAGUGCGGGGGCGACAUGGCUUUCGCGAAAGACCUCCCCCACCAGGCGGUGAGGUUCGGGCUGCUCUUCUAUAAGGAGUACACGUCGUAUUCGGAAAUGAUUGCCAUCUACGGGUUCUUCUUUGCCAUGAGGGGCAUCCGAAACAACAGCACCUCCUACAGCUUCUACAUGCAGAGAAUCAGGCCGGCGGACGUGGGGAUCCCCUCCGAGGUCUGCGAGCACGGCCUGGUCAGCCUGUGGCCCCAGCGCCUGGUCAAGUACGAGAUCAGGGCGCAUGCGUGGGUGGAUGGCCAGUGGCAGGAUUUCGGGACCAAGCCCGUCCUGCAGAAGUUCCAGUUCGUCAGGCCAACCUGCAAGAGCCAAGUCUUACAAAUCCAAACUGUGGGCAGCCCGAUCUACGUCAGCUUCUCGUUCAUCUUCCCAGCGUCUUGACAGCUUCCAGAAGAAUCUACGGGGUGUUUUCUCUCCCACGGCUCUGCAUAACGGAGAAUAAAGUGAUGUUGAAGGGAA